GUACCUCGAUAUUUUCGCGCGGCGUGCCUCUCGGUUCGACGGACUGAUAGCGCCAGUUCGCCACUCGGCCUCUCCAGCAUCAUCACGUGCCAGGCUGACCCUCUCGACGCGGAUAUUCCUUCACCAUUCAGUACUUCCCUUCAGCCUCAUCGAGCAAUAACACAAAUAAACUGUGACUCGUGAGGGUGUGCCGUUUCUCCACUUUUUACCGUUAAACAACGAACACUCGGCAGCCUCUAAAAGCCCAACGUUUCACCGGUUUUAUCGUGUACUAACAAUAACAACGAACGAUUUACAUUUGGAGUCAUCGAUAAGCGAGCACAGCUAAACGCGGAUGUCCGCCUUCCCGGACGAGUAACUUCAAUCAGCACAGAACAUGCCGAACGAAAACGCACCAAUUUGCGGCUGCGGUAUAGCACUCGAAACACCCAAAUCUCGGAACGGCUCCGCCCCAGGCUCAACCGCAUUGUCAACGAGAAAUCUCACCAUUCUCAUACCGAAAGCUUCCUCGAAAAAUCGAGGCGACGGCCGCGGCUCCAAGAGACAACAACACCAAGACAACCACGUUAGGCAUCAGGGGCCCAAAACCAGGGCACCUGAUACCGGCAGCACAAGCUCAGUCGCCGAACAGAUGAAUGGACACUCUCAUCAUACGAGUAACAAUGGCAAUCAACAGGAAAAGAGACUCAACGCAUCGAGAAGAACAAGAAGCGCAGAAAGAUCGGAUUCUCAUUACACUUACAUCGACUCGGGAUCAAGUAUAAUGGGCGGUGGUUUACGCGAGAAUACGAUACCGGAAGCUUUGUACGCGACGAUAAACGAGACGUCGCCGAGCUCGUUGCCGAGCGUAAACGACGAAACGUUGUCGAUCAGCAAUCAGACUAACACGUCCAAUCGUGGGUCACAGCUUGUUUACGCAGUUCCGUCUAUGACCUCACCACCGCCAACUUACGACGUCGCAGUUGCCAAAACUUGUCAGUCCGGACUUCCGCCAACCUACGACGAGUAUCUUCGCUUCAAGCUGGCAAUGCUGUCACGUUCUCGUACACCGCCACCGCCAUGGUCGGACUCGUCGUGUCCGAGGAUUCAACCGAAUCGUCUUGAACACAUAACGAGUCAACUCGAGCUGCGGGAGUACCUGGCGCAGGUGGCGCUUGAUCAAACGUCCUACAAUUCUCUUGUGCAACACCAACAGCAGCAGCAAUCUGUCCCACGGGAUUCGGCGAAUCUGUCAAAUCAUCAGCAGCAAGCACGGCUAUCCCAGCAAGCGUUGAGGUUACAAAGUGCCGCUGUUAGACAGCAACGAGCUCGUGCAAUGCCUCCCAGAUCGCAGAGCGAGAGUCGUGCUCACCAACAGCGUAUCGCAACGAUGUACGAGGACGCAGCUUUCUGCAUGGAAACGACAGCGAUUACGUCAGCGUUCGAGCACGGCGUUGCGUUUUGCAGUCUCAUGUAAGAAGCUCCUGCGGACAGCGAUCGAAAAAGCCUCGCACGGCCUAUUAAAGUGAAGAAAAAAACGCCAAAUCGAACAAGGAAGAGAAAACGCGUUAAAUGAAGAAAAAAAUGAAGCUCGACGUGAAGGGAGUCGAGAAAAAUUCUGCCACGUUGCUACGAGCGCAAAAGUGGAGCUUUUUUCGCGCGUAAUAUUGUUCGAAAAUCCGGUUUAUUCGUAUUUUUUUAUUGUUGCGAUAAUCGUUUGACAAAAGCCAAAUGAAAUUAAUUGCAAUAUGCUUGUGACACGAUUUUCGAUUCGCGACACGAGUCGAAACUGGCUCUACUUUUUCUUAUUUCGCACCGCGAAUUACCUACUUUUUUCAUCGACGUUGCAUCGAUGCUGGAAAAGUAAAAGACGAAGAUGAAAAAAAAAAACGUAAGAUAAAUUGUGUCCUGGCUGGUCCAGGGAUCGAAAGCCGCUGCUGCUUCUUUUACUCUGAGCUCGAGAAGAAUUUCGAGCCCCAUUAUGACUAGUUACAUUGUCAUUAUUAUUAUCAUUCGUGUUAUUUGUAACAAUUAUUAUUAUUGUCGUUAAAAUAAUCGUAUUUUCUACUUGCUACUCGAUCGAAGUGUUCUGAAACCAUCGCUUUUCGCUCGCGACACACACGAUCGUAUCCAAUUUUCAUCGCACACCAUUAUAAGAGGGAUACGAAAAAUUGUGAAAUGAAAAGCGUUGAUCGAAGAAGUGCGAAAUAAACCAGGGGAUUGUGGCACGUUUCCAAAGAGCAUAAAAUCGAUAAAUUCGAUCAUUCAAAUGUCUCAUUCGAAUUAUUGUGAAAACAAAAAUCAGAUUUCAAACCCAAGCAAAAAAAAAAAUAACCGUGCUGGAAAUGCAGCAAGUAAUCAUACGACGUCACGAAAAUAAAACGUUACAUAUUCGCUGCAUUGGUCAAGUUUACAGAUGUCAAAAAGCAUGUCCACGAUACAACAUCGCCAUAAAAUGCCAUAAGCAUAUUCGUCUGAACGAAACGACAAAAUCCGAACGAUUUGCAUAAAACCGUAAUAAAAAUAAGUAACGUAAACAUUGAUGAAAAUCGAAUUGUAAUCGAGGUAUUUGAUAUAUAGAGAUUUACACGUGUAAGGGCAAAAGUGUUUUAGAAAAUCGUUAAUUAAUUAUCGAAAUUCAUUUAUAUAUAUACACACACUUAGCCAUUAAUGAAGAUAAAACAACCCUAAGGAUAUAUUAAAUUUGAAAAAAAACUUAUUGUUUUCAUUAUAGGGCAGUCCUAAUGACAUAAAAAAUUUUCAAAUAAUUAUAUUAUAGGUCGUAAGAUCGGUGUGUUUAACGGGGGGGGGGAAAAAAAAAAAACAAAACAAAAAACAAGAGGAAAGAAAAGGAAACAAGAAUCAUUAAAAAAUAACGUUUGACGCGUGUUAUUUAUCGAGCACCAUUAAAAAAAAAACAACUGCGUGUAGUCUGUUACCCUGAGGCUAUCUGUGUGCGAAUACAUGUGAAUAUUUGUAUACGGAUAUUUCUCCCAGGCGAAAAGCACGUGAGAACAAAAGCAUAUGUGUUUGAAUUUCCUUGACGAUGAUGAAUUUUCGAAACGAAACAUAUAUAAAUAAUAAUAAUAAUAAUAAUAUUAAUAAUAAAAACAACAAUAUUAAAAAAACAGACACACUCGAAAGAAAAAAAUACCAAAAAAGUAAAAAAUAAAUAAAGUAAAUAAGAGAAAAAAUAUUACGAGCAAGAGAGUGACAGGGAAAGUGAGAGGAAUGCUGCAACGUUUGUACUCAUAGAAGCUCUCGUCAUUCAGCCUUUUAGCACACUUUGCGUUAUUGGCUUCUUUAUCGCGGACCACACCAUCCGAUGUGUAUACUCGUUAGAAUCUCCGAGAUAAAGAGAGAAAAGGAAUAAAAAACUGAAAAUCAAAUAAACAAAGGAACGAAAGCGAAGACAGAAUUCAUAAAAAUCGGUCCAUUCCUGCGGCUGCUUUAGAGAUUCAAUGUCAUAGUUGUCCAAACGCACAUAAAAAAAAAAAAAAUAAAAUAAAAAAAAAAUCAGAACAGAAUUAAGAAAAAAAAACAAUUUAAGUCGAUAAAGUGACGCGAGAAGGGAGGAGGCUGGGGACGCGAAAUACCUUCGACCUUGAGGGAGAAAAAAUCUCAUUCAUCGUAUUCGAUUGGGAACGUCGAGAAAAGACUAAUGGAUCAUGAGACUCGUUGAUUAAACGAAAUGAGAAAGUGAACAAAUAGAAAUAAAAAUAUUAAAAAAAUAUAUAUAUAUAUAUGUGUGUAUAUCUAUAUAUGCUGCUAUAUACAUGCGUUUGUUCAAUGUACAUGUGUAUAUAAUCGUAUAUAUAUUUAUAUAUAGACAUACCCCAAUAAUAGGACUGCCAAGAGCGAGAAAGUUCUAAAACUAUUUAAUUCCACGUAUAAUCGAGGUUGAAUAACAAAUUACGAGUUUCAAGGUCUGACUGUGUAUUAACUGUGAAUGCAGUUAAACAUAUAAAUAUAUAUAUGUGCACGGGUAUAUAUGUAUCAUUCGUUUUCACUGUCCGAGAUGCAAGAAAGUUUGCUUCUUUCAUUGCCUCGAUGUAUAGAGAAAAGAGCUGAAACAAGAAAAUGAGAUUGCAAAUCGAAGAAAGUACGAGAAAAUUAAUCGGAAACUCAUUCGAAAUAUUGUAUCACAGUUAUCAAUUACCAGCAGAACGUGAGCUCAAUUUUUCGCCGGAGGUCAAAUAAAAAAAAGGAUUUUCGUAGGGUCUUUGAAAAAAUGGACUUUGGAAAAUUUUUCAUGACCUCUUCGCUAUUCGUAAGUAAAUGGAAUUAUUUUUAUUGUAAAUAUUAGCUCGACUGCUUUUUGAGGCAAAGGAAAAUGCAGGCUCACGACGACCGAAGGUUUUUAUGCAUUAGCACGUGGACGAGUUCUUUUUUAUUAUUAAAAGUGACAGAAUCAAAAUUAUCAAAUGGAUCCUGGAGCGAGUCUCUCAAUUUUUCGAUUUUUUUUUCGUUUCUCUCAGCGCAUGCUCUCCAUACGAUAUAUAAUUGUUCCAAGUUUCGAAAAAAAAAAAUAUAAAAUCAAACGUUCGAUAUUGACCUGAAUAAUACAGGAAAUAUUGCAUGAGAAUCAAAAGAUGAUUUUUGAACUUGAAAUACUCGUUUUGGAAGUCACUCUCAAGGGUCAAAUAAUUUGAAAACAAAGUCCUUUUUUCAAUCGACCUAAUAUUCAGCCAAUGAUAAUUUACGUGUUAUUAUUGCUAUGAUUAUUAAUAAUGGUGUAAUGAAUAAAUGAAUCCCGAUAUAAAUCUUCUAGAGGAUUAUAAAUAAGUGUCAAAGGUAAUGAAGAAUCGAAGUGGAAUAUUGACGAGAUGGGGUUGGUAGCUCGUUCAGGUAUCCAAAUGUCAAUUCAACGAGAGAGAGAGCGAUCAUUUUUUCGAGACUGACGCGUCAAAAAUUCAUCGAUUCGAUGAUAAAGGGCGCUCCGUACAUGACUUUUCGAGAGAGAGAGAGAGAGAGAGAGCGUGUUUGUAAAGAUGCUAAAGAGUGGGGAUUUGUGAUGGUGAAAUGGUGCAAGCGGAAAAACUUGUAUUUUUGUAUGGAUUAAAUUUUUGGUAGGGUUUGGGUAUCGCGAACGAUGAAUUGUAGAUGCGAAGACGAAAGAUUGCAUUUAGUAUCGCGUAUUAUUGCCAACAACAAGAGACGAGCGUCUUGAAAAGUGGCAAAUUCGUUAAUAAAGAGCAACAAGUACAGGGUUGUCAAUUUUUUUUGACUCUAUUCUUAUGUGCUAAUUCUCAUGAGUUGUGAUGAAAAAUCACCUUGUCCUAUACACGCGAUCAACCUUGCGAAGGAUCAAAUUGAGAAUUUUCGUUAUUUUCAAAUUUUCGAAGCAUCUUCCAUCUAAAUUUAUUUAAAAAAUCCCUUCUUCCCGAAUGCUUAAAAAAUAUUGACGAUUCUCUGCUUAUGAAAUUCUCAAGAAUUACUAAAAAUGUCAAAAAAUUCGAACUGAAAAGUUUGCAGGUACGAGACCCUCCGGAACUCUCGUAAGCAAAGUCUUCAUCCUUUUUUUUUCUCUCUUCAGGGCUCCACUCAAGAGAUAUUCAUUAUUGAAAGAAUCUUUGCCACGAAAAAAAAAGAUUCGCAAAGUAGAGUCACGGAUUUGUCACGCCCGUGUUUUCUUAUCGAGGUAACCGAUCGCGACUUUGACUAAUUAAUUGAUAUCUCAUCAGCACGCUUCAUUAGAGAGAAAAAUGAAUAAAAAUUGUACUCGAGAAUUUCGCAAUUUAACCAUCUUCCUCUGCUCGGAGGCGUCUCUUUAAAUAACCUGCAAACCUCAGUGAAUUUCCACCUUUUGAGAGAGCGGUGAACAUUAUUAUGGAGUAUACUAAAAGUAUAUCGAUAUAAAAGAAAAAAUAUAACGUAUAUUCAUGUAUAUGAUUACGAAAUGAUAAAUAAUGACUAUAUUAUAAACUGUCUGUUGUGUAAAUUCAUGGAUGUUUAGAGGACCAAGAAAUCUAAUAAAAAUGAUGACAACAAA